AUAUCAAAGCCCACAACUCAUCAGUGUAAUAAGCAGUACAAGUGAGAGACUGAUAUAUACAUAUACUAGUACUUAGAGACAGAUAGAAAGGAAGAAAGAAAGAGAGAAUUUAUAAACAGAAACAAGAUUUGGAAGCUAGAAAAUUGAUGUAAAAAGUGUGUUUGUAUUGGGUUGAUGAUUGGAGUGAAGACAUAGGGAUGAGUGUCUAAGCAUGUGAAUUUGAGGUGUAAAGGCAUGGGAAGCCAAUAUUUCAAGACAAUCAUUCUCCCUUCUUGCUUUUCUUUUUAAUUACCCUGAUCUUCUUAGCCUUUUCUGCUAGUAAAAAUUGUUCCCAUUUCGAUAUAGAUCUUUUUGUCGAACCCAUCAUUUAUCUCUUCCAUUAUACUAUAUGCUUUUAAAUCAUUUGAGAAACUUCUUUAUUUAUAAGAUCAGCUUCUGUGUAAAGGCUGCAUACACUUUAAUAUCUACUUACUUAACUCUCUGGUUACUCCUGCAAUCAAGGCAAAAGCUCAGUAUCCCACUUUCUAUUCAGAGAACAUGGAACAACAGCAAAACAAGCAAUCUCCUCCUCUUAUACCACCACUCCCCAGAGAUCCAAGAGGCUCACUAGAAGUAUUCAACCCAUCAACUUACUCUAUUUCCCGGCCAAAAAAUCCAGUUUUCCGAUCAUCACAGCCGUCGUGGAAAAAUAAUUGGGCCGAGUCCGAGCCCGAGCCCAUUAAAAGAAGCAGCAGCAUCCCUGAAACAGAAGAAGAAUCAGAGCCUAUAGUAUCCAGUAAUAAUGAUAUUAAAGAGGAAACUACUGCCACGUCAUGGAUGGCAAUCAAAGACCCAAUUAUUACUCCAAUUUCAACGUCGCAAUUGGCUUCUCCGAUUACUCAGACGGCAAUUUCGCCGGCGGCAGCGGCGGCGGUGAAUGAAAAUGGAGCUGCUGCUCAGAGAGCGGCGGAGUGGGGACUGGUGCUGAAAACUGAUGAUGAAACUGGGAAGUUAAAAGGAGUUAAAGUUCGAAAUUCUGGAGAUGAUCCUAAUGGUAAAGCUGAGAAUUCUAGAAGGAACUCCGGUAACUCUGUUCGGAGUUCCGGCGAGUUUUCUGACGAUGGAGCUGGUAAAGAGAGGGGUUUUCCAAGGGUUUCAGAGGAUUUGAGAGAUGCCUUAUCAACAUUUCAACAAACAUUUGUGGUGUCGGAUGCAACAAAACCCGAUUACCCGAUUUUGUAUGCAAGUGCUGGAUUUUUCAAAAUGACUGGUUAUACAUCAAAGGAGGUUAUAGGCAGGAAUUGUCGGUUCAUGCAGGGUUCGGAUACGGAUCCUGAGGAUGUGGCCAAGAUCCGAGAAGCAUUGCAAUCGGGUUCGACUUAUUGUGGAAGAUUACUCAAUUACAAAAAGGAUGGGACCCCCUUUUGGAAUCUCCUCACAAUUGCACCUAUCAAAGAUGAGGCUGGCAAAGUUCUCAAAUUCAUUGGAAUGCAAGUAGAAGUAAGCAAGCAUACUGAAGGCGCAAAGGAUAAGAUGGUCCGACCAAAUGGGCUUCCCGAAUCAUUGAUACGCUACGACGCUCGUCAGAAGGAGAUGGCUAGUAAUUCAGUGACUGAGUUACUGGAAGUAAUGAAAAAACCAAGGGCAAGAGCCUUAAGUGAAUCGACAAAUCGCCCUCUCUUGAGAAAGUCAGAAGGAGGUGGAACCGAACAAGACCGACAGGAUAUUAUGGGCAUCAGUAAUAAACUAAAUUUACAGAACAAAGCUCCAGCAAGAAGACAUUCUCAUGCUGGUACCAGAACAACCAUGCAGAUGGAGAAAAUUAAUGAAAUCCCCGACAAGAAACCUAAAAAACCUAGUCGCCUCUCUUUCAUCGGGAUUAAAAAGAAAGGUCGUUCUAGUACUACAACUGCUGAUGAUGAUUUUGAGGCAAGAAUGACUAUGGAUAAUGAUGACGACUAUGACGACGAUGAUGAGAGCGAUAAUGAUGGACGCCCUGAUAGUGUUGAUGAUAAAGUGAGGAAGAAGGAAAUGAGGAAAGGUAUUGAUUUAGCAACGACUCUUGAACGAAUAGAGAAGAACUUUGUCAUUACUGAUCCAAGGCUGCCUGAUAAUCCCAUUAUAUUUGCAUCGGAUAGUUUCUUGGAGCUGACAGAGUACAGCCGUGAAGAAAUCUUGGGUAGAAACUGCAGGUUUCUUCAAGGACCAGAAACUGAUCCAGCUACUGUGAAGAAAAUCAGACAAGCAAUUGAUAAUCAAACUGAUGUCACUGUUCAGCUCAUUAACUACACUAAGACUGGCAAGAAGUUCUGGAAUUUGUUCCACUUGCAGCCUAUGCGUGAUCAGAAGGGAGAGGUACAAUACUUCAUCGGAGUGCAACUAGACGGGAGUCAGCAUGUAGAGCCACUUCACAACAGUAUUCCCGAAGACAAGGCAACAGAGAGUGCAAAGCUGGUGAAAGAAACCGCUGAAAAUGUUGAUGACGCAGUUCGAGAACUUCCAGAUGCCAAUUCGAAACCAGAGGAUUUAUGGAGAAAUCAUUCAAAAGUUGUUCAUGCAAAGCCUCAUAGGAAGGACAGCCCAUCUUGGCAAGCAAUACAAAAGGUUUUGGACAGUGGAGAACCCAUAGGCUUGAAGCAUUUCAAGCCAAUCAAACCACUGGGAUCUGGUGAUACUGGCAGCGUGCAUUUAGUGGAACUGUGCGGAACUGGCCAAUGUUUUGCUAUGAAAGCAAUGGAUAAGAGCAUAAUGCUUAAUCGAAACAAGGUGCAUAGAGCUUGUGCAGAACGAGAAAUCCUAGAUAUGUUGGACCACCCUUUUCUUCCCGCACUCUAUGCAUCUUUUCAGACCAAAACCCAUAUUUGUCUGAUAACUGAUUACUACCCUGGUGGAGAGCUGUUCCUGCUUCUAGACAGACAACCAACAAAGGUGUUGAAGGAAGACGCCGCAAGGUUCUAUGCCGCUGAAGUAGUGGUGGCCCUGGAGUACCUUCACUGUCAAGGUAUAAUUUACAGAGAUCUGAAGCCUGAAAACGUCUUGCUACAGAGCGGUGGGCAUAUAUCUUUGACGGAUUUUGAUCUUUCCUGUUUGACAUCUUGCAAGCCACAGCUUUUACUUCCAGAAAUCAACGAAAAGAAAAAGCAUCAGAAAAGUCAACAGAAUCCAAUCUUCAUGGCUGAACCUAUGCGUGCAUCAAAUUCUUUUGUCGGAACUGAAGAGUACAUAGCUCCGGAAAUUAUAACUGGAGCAGGCCACACUAGCGCAGUGGAUUGGUGGGCUCUUGGCAUUCUUUUAUACGAAAUGCUGUACGGUUACACACCAUUCAGGGGAAAGACAAGGCAAAAGACAUUCUCAAAUAUAUUACACAAGGAUUUAAAAUUCCCAGGAAGCAUACAGGUUAGUCUCCAAGGAAAGCAGUUCAUGUAUAGAUUGUUGCAUAGAGAUCCCAAAAACAGGUUAGGAUCCCGCGAAGGAGCAAACGAAAUCAAGCAGCAUCCAUUCUUUCGAGGCGUGAAUUGGGCAUUAGUUCGAUGCAUGAACCCUCCAAAACUAGAUGCUCCUCAUUUGGGAACUGAAGCUGAGAAAGAGGCAAAAGACAUCAACCCUGAGAUGGAGGAUUUACAAACAAAUGUUUUCUAAAAGAAAUGAAAAUAUUUAUAUUCCAACCAUAUCAAGAUUCAACUGAGUGGAGAAAAGUGGUCCUCAGAUCCUCCCUGCAACAGUGACUAGUUAAUCUUUUUUGUAAAGAAAAUGAUGGUUCUUCAUUUUGUUUUUGUUUUUAUUUUUAUUUUUAUUUUUAUGGUUCUUGAUUUGUGCUUUUAUUUUGUAUGCAUAAUUUGGUGUCUUGUAAUCCCGCUUCAUGAAUUCUUCAGUAGAUGUUAAGAUAAAUUAAUCUGUUAA